AUGGCUAGACUUGUUCUUCUUCCCUUGUUCUCAGCUCUUCUUCUUGCAACCGCCAUCACAACAUCCGAAGCGUUCUCAAAAACAGUGAAGGCACCAUUUCCACAUAAGCCAGAGAUGCUAACCCACCUCCGUUUCUACUUCCACGACAUUGUCUCCGGAGCCAAACCAACCACCGCCAAAGUCGCUGCAGGUCCAAACACGAACACCUCUACAACUGGGUUCGGUUUGGUUGUAGUCAUAGACGACCCAUUGACUGUUGGCCCUGAAAUCACCUCGGAGGAAGUAGGGAGAGCCCAAGGGAUGUACGCAUCGGCCGACCAGAAGAGUGUUGGUUUGUUAAUGGCUUUUAACUUGGUGUUCACAAAGGGUAAGUUUGCCGGGAGCACGGCGUCGUUAUAUGGUCGGAAUCAGAUAAUGUCGAAGGUGAGAGAGAUGCCGAUCAUUGGAGGCACGGGUGCUUUCAGGUUCGGAAGAGGAUAUGCACAAGCCAGGACUUUUAAGUUCAAUACUACGAGUGGAGAUGCUGUGGUUGAGUACAAUGUCUUUAUUUGGCAUUGA